UAUGUGUGUAUGUUUUGUGGCAAGAAGUUCUCCAGACCUUCUUCGCUACGGAUUCAUACUUAUUCUCACACAGGUGAAAAACCAUUUGUUUGCACUGAAGAGAAUUGCGGACGACGGUUUUCUGUCCAAAGCAAUAUGCGGCGUCAUAUGCGUGUUCAU